AUGGGUGUACCAGCAUUCUUCCGUUGGCUUACAAGGAAGUAUCCUUCCAUUAUUGAAUUUGACAAUCUGUACCUUGAUAUGAAUGGUAUCAUUCAUCCUUGCACUCACCCGGAAGACAGACCAGCACCUGCCAACGAGGAUGAGAUGUUUGCACUCAUCUUCGAGUACAUCGACAGAAUCUUCUCCAUCGUAAGACCACGAAAAGUGCUAUAUAUGGCAAUAGACGGUGUAGCUCCUCGUGCAAAGAUGAACCAACAACGUAGUCGACGUUUCCGUGCGUCAAAAGAAGCCUGGGAGAAGGCCGCUUCGAUUGAAGAGCAAAGGCGGCGUCUUGAAGAGGAAGGCAUUCCACUACCUCCCAAGAAAGAAGAGGAAAGCCAUUUCGAUAGUAAUUGUAUCACGCCUGGCACUCCUUUUAUGGCACGGUGAGC